UCUUAAUACAGUUUUCUUAGAGGUUUUGCGGAGUGCACAAGUUUGGAUAGAGGAUAUCCUUCGAGAAGCGAGUAACCGUGCAGCGAGUGAGAUUAUCGGUGUCAAUCGGUGUCCCCCCGUGGAAUUUGGUGCGACAGUUGUUAACGGUGGAAAAAAGUGUUGGACAUUUGAAAUUAUCGAGCAGAUCGAUAAAAGGACACUCUCUUUCGAGGUGCAAAUAGUGUGAACGACAAAAUGAAGUAUAGCAUAGUGUUCGUGGUUGCCCUGUUCGGAGCCGCAAUGGCCCAGGAAAGCUUCAAAUGUCCAGACGACUUCGGUUUCUAUCCACAUCACACAUCCUGCGACAAAUACUGGAAGUGCGACAACAACGUGGCGGAGCUGAAAACUUGCGGAAACGGUCUGGCCUUCGACGCGACGGAUUCCAAAUAUCUGACAGAGAACUGCGAUUACCUGCACAACGUGGACUGCGGUGACCGCACGCAGCUUGAACCGCCAAUCUCUACCCCACACUGCGAUCGUCUUUACGGUAUCUUCGCUGAUCCCGCCAAGUGUGACGUAUUCUGGAACUGCUGGAGCGGCGAAGCCUCUCGCUACCAGUGCUCUCCUGGACUGGCCUACGAUCGCGAAGCUCGCGUCUGCAUGUGGGCCGAUCAGGUCCCAGAGUGCAAAAACGAAGAAGUGGCCAACGGCUUCGCCUGCCCAGCUGCCGGUGAAAUCUCCAACGCCGGAUCCUUCUCGCGACAUGCCCACCCAGAGGACUGCCGUAAAUACUACAUCUGUUUGGAGGGAGUCGCCCGCGAAUACGGAUGCCCGAUCGGCACUGUCUUCAAGAUCGGCGAUGCUGACGGUACCGGAAACUGCGAAGACCCAGAAGAUGUUCCCGGAUGUGAAGAUUACUAUGGUGAUUUGGACUUGAAAAGCAUCCGUAAGAGCGAACUCCUCGCCGGUCUCGCACAGGUCCAGUCGGGUAGUGGCCAACCUGGCAAAUCCACUUUUAAAUCCAACCGCCCAGCUGCAAAGGAAAACUAAACAAUAACACACACACAAAAAUAGAAACAGAAAUGUACUUCUAGAAGACCUAGAGACCUAGACGCUUGGGACAGUAGCGAAGCUAGUAUCUAAGAAGUAUUUUUAAAGCAAUGAAAAGAUCCUCCGACGAACAUUCUGCCCCUUGAUCAGGAGGACCAUAGACUGUUAUUAAAGUAAAGAUUUUAGAUAAGUGAUAGUCAGAGAGGAAUACUCAAAUUUGCAGAAUUUUACACAAACUUUUAAAAAUCUAAAGGAUACUCUUGACUUCUGAAAAAAAAAGUAUUUUCGUAAUUUUACACUCAAGAGUAGUGAGCUUCGCUCGAUCAGAGAGAACACGAUUUUAAUUUAUUUAUUUUCUUUCCUCUUAGUUAAGGAGACGUGAAGCACCGACUCUAAUCUACCUACAAACAGUGUCCCCCACCCGUCCUUCAAUUCCUUGCUCUCCAUAGGGACCACUCAAUUUACUAUGUACACCGACUGAGGAACAUUCCCUCAUAAAACAAGUUUCAACUUUUCUAUGAAAAAGAGAGAUUUCAUUUGUAUGUAAAAAAUUGGACAAUCAAAUGCCUUAUACAACAGAAGAAGAAACCUAAGAAAAGAAAAAUAAAGGAAAAAUCUUAAAAAUCAGUAAA